AUGAAUGAUUUAAUUCCGGUAGUUAACAAACUCCAAGAUGUUUUUAACACUGUUGGUAGCGAAACAGUAGAUCUGCCGCAAAUUAUCGUUGUUGGGUCUCAAUCUUCUGGAAAGUCUUCUGUUCUUGAGAACAUUGUCCAGCGAGAUUUUUUACCUCGUGGUAGCGGAAUUGUCACCCGUAGGCCGUUAGUGCUUCAGCUCGUUAAUGUUCAAGAUUCUGAAGAUUCUAAGGCUGUAGAAUAUGGAGAGUUUUUGCACAUGUCAGAUCGAAAAUUUACUGACUUCUCAGAGAUAAGAAAGGAAAUUGAAGCUGAAACAGCAAGGGUUGCAGGACAAAACAAGGGAAUAUCGAGGUCUCCAAUUCAUUUGAAAAUAUUUUCACCAAAUGUACUUAAUUUAACUUUGGUUGAUCUUCCUGGUCUAACAAAGAUUCCAAUUGGGGAUCAGCCAACAGACAUUGAGAAACAAACCAGAAGUUUAGUUCUUGAUUACAUAACAAAGCCGAAUAGUAUUAUUUUAGCUGUAAGCCCCGCGAAUGUUGACUUAGUAAAUUCUGAAAGUCUGAAACUAGCAAAACAAGUCGAUCCGGAAGGCAAAAGAACCAUUGGUGUUCUAACUAAAUUGGAUCUUAUGGAUGCUGGUACAAAUGCGCUAGAUGUACUUACUGGUCGUGUUAUACCUCUUAAGCUGGGCUUUAUUGGGGUUGUAAAUCGUAGUCAACAAGAUAUAAUAGGUAAUAAACCUAUGACUGAAGCUUUGAAGGCUGAAAGCGAAUUCUUCAAACGACACUCGGCAUAUCGAAGCAUUGCUUCGAGAUGUGGGACGCCUUUUUUAGCGAAGAUCUUGAAUCAUAUUCUUAUGAAUCAUAUACGGGAAAGAUUACCGGAUAUGAAAGCUAAGAUUAAUGCUCUCAUCAGUCAAACUACGCAAGAACUCUUGUCUUACGGUGAUCCCGCACUCGAUGAAAAGACUAAUAAAGGAGCAUUAGUAUUGAAACUCAUUACUAAAUUCUCAAAUGAUUUUGUUUCAUCGAUUGAUGGCACCGCAUUAGAUAUAUCGACAAAAGAAUUAUGUGGUGGCGCAAGAAUAUAUUAUAUUUUCAAUAAUAUAUUUGGUACAGCAUUGCAAUCUAUUAGCCCAUGUGGCAAUCUUUCGGUACAGGAUAUUCGAACUGCUAUUCGAAAUUCUACUGGUCCAAGACCAUCUUUAUUCGUGCCGGAAAUUGCCUUUGAUCUUUUGGUCAAGCCUCAGGUUCUUUUACUCGAACAGCCAAGCUUGAGGUGCGUUGAGCUUGUGCAUGAAGAGUUGACGAAGAUAUGUCAUAGCUGUGGAAUUGUUUCUGAUUUGCUUCGUGAAAGACUCAAUCCUACUGCGUCAUACGUAGAAAGUUUAAUCAGUAUUCAACGUGCAUAUGUCAAUACCAAUCAUCCAGAUUUCAUUGGAGGCGCAGGUGCGAUGUCCGAUCUCGUAAAGAAAAGUGAGAAGAAGAGGCGAGAAUUUGAGAAACUUAAUAGACGGGCAAACAUGGGAGGUAACACGACACACAUUUCAACAUUGAGUGGACCAUCAAUUUCAAGUAAAGAUGACAUCCCGGAUGGAUCACCACUUUCGGAUAAAGAAUCUAGUGGUUCUAAAGAUAUAGGCAUACAGAAUGGUAUCAGCAGUAAUUCAUCGUGGGCACAACGAGAAUCGUUUUUGACAUACUUCUUUGGGACUGGUAAUAAAAGUGACAGAACAGUGUUGCCAGACCAACCAUUACCUAAUAGAAAUGGUACAUCCAUUAAGACCGGAAUAGACAUGGGUGAAUUGGAAAAAAAAUUAGAUAAUGGUGCGAUUAUCGAUGAUGCUAUUCAUUUGACCGAUCAUGAAGAAAUGGAGAUACAGCUGAUACGAUCCCUGAUCACAUCGUAUUUCAAUCUUGUACGCAAAACAAUUCAAGACCUUGUACCGAAAGCUAUUAUGCAUCUUUUGGUCAAUUAUUCUCGCGAGUCGGUCCAAAAUCGAUUGGUAUCCGAAUUAUAUAAAGAGGAACUAUUUGUAGAUUUAUUGCAAGAAGAUGAAAAUUUGGCAAGCAAAAGACAAAAUUGUAAAACCAUGCUUGAUGUUUAUAGGAAGGCUUUCGAUAUUAUGAAUGAAGCUAUGUAA